AUGGACCCGAACAUGAACAUGAACAUGGACAUGGACAUGCACCAUCACCACCAGCCUUCCACCACCGCCCACGCCAGCUCCACCACCACUCCGAACGCGCACCAUGAAUCAUCCAUGUCAAUGGAAAUGUCGAUGCCGACCGUCUUCACCGCCACUACGCAAGUCACGAUCCUCUUCACAGGCUGGACCACUAACUCCGUCCCAUCAUACGUCCUCACCCUACUCGUCUUGUUCGUCCUCGCCAUCCUCAACCGGUUCCUCACAGCCUGGAAAUCUCAACUUGAACGAUCAUGGAACCUGAAUCAACAAGGCCAGGGGCCUAAGACCGUGACGCUUAGUGCCGUCCCUCGUCGAACUGGUUCCAGAAUCGCGAAGGAGCGGUUGAGUCCGUUGCCGAGAUAUAUGCGUAUCGAUGAGGAAAGUCAUACCGAUCACCAUUGUGGCCAUGAUGAUAAUGAUACUGGAGAUAAUGGGAGUGCAUCUUUGCUGGGUAGACUUCGGAAAUACACUCCGGCCGUGGAAAGGUGGCAAGCGAGUCGCAAAUGGAGCGUUCGGCGAGAUGGGCUUUUUUCAGUCCUCGAAUGUGUCAAGGCGGGAAUUGGGUACUUCCUGUGA